UACAAUUAUCAGAAAACGAAAGAAGAUCAUGAUGGUGGCUUGCUUACUCAUCGUAUUUAUCGCUAUUUAACACAUCUGAUGGCCGUUUUAGGCUAUGGAUCUAUUUCCAAUUCAUCCAUUUAGAUUCUAAACUUCGAAUUUCUAGAGAUAUUCGAGUGGAAUAUCGCCGAUUUCAGUUUGAAUUUGGGUUCAAUACAUGAUAGAUGAUAUGAAGCUUCUGCUGCUCAUUCGUCUGUUUUGAAUUAUUUUUGUCUUGGGAUCUUGAAAAAUAUACCGCUAUUCAGAAAUGCAGACUCAAACCAUGUCAAAGGCACCGCCAUCUCAGUCCUCUAUCCUUCCUCCGUUACAAAAUCUACCRUCUUGGUCGAGGAGUUCGUUAGAGAGAAUAAAACAACCCAGACCGAUCGUGCGUGAUCCGCCACCAAACACUUCCUUUGAAGACAACGGGGAAGAAUUCGAAAUGACCAAAGAUCAAAAAACUCUAAAUCCAACAAGGACUGUGUCAGCACCCUUAAAAAGCGAAGCAGAGAUCGAUCGAAGGGUUGUUCAGAUUGAGAAAAGUUUGGAGUUUGUUCAAAGCGAACAUGCUCAAGUACUUGAAAAUCUACACAAGGAAAUUGAAAGGUUAAAGUUAGAAAACAAAGAACUCAACUUCAAGCUCAUCAUGUCAAAGUCUGGAGUCAGUCUCGAUGAAGAGCAAGAUCCCAUCUUUUCCGAAGAAAUAAUCAGAAAUAGAACAUCUCCAGUACAAGAACCUACAGAGAAAAAGACACAAAAUGAAGAAACUGAAGCCAAACACAGGAAACAAAUGGAAUCAGAAAAUAAGAAAAAGGAAUCAACUAAAGCAAAUGAAAAUAGAAAUAAUACUAGGAAUUCAGCAACUUCAAAUUUAAAGAAAAGGACACCCUCAGGUAAAAAAGCUGCUUCCUCAACUCCUCCUACAUCAGGCAAAAAAGCUGCACCUCAGCAAAGUUCUAGCAAAUCAAGCUUUUUGUCCAAAGCAAGAGCCAAGCAACUUCAUAAAGAGAGGGAAGAAGCUCCCCCUCCCAACACACCCAAUCAAUCCAGAACAGAACCUGUUAGACGCACCCCACAAAGCCCUCUGUGGUCUGCAGUACAUGGGGGGCAAAAAAUGCUGAUUGUCACUCUAAAUAAAGAUAAAACUAUGCAAGUUCAUGUACCUACUGAGAAUGGACCAAGAUCGCCAACACUUUCUGAAUGUAAAACUAUCAUAGUAGAGCAACAGGAGACAAAUCAUAAGCAAGCAAAAGAGCUUUUGAAACUCAGGGCUGAUUUACGAGAAGCAAUAACCUCUCAAAAGUGGAAUCAAAAUACUUACUUAGUAGGGAGGUCCRUUAGGAAAGUAGAAGCUAAUUCUUCCAGUUCAAGUGCUGGUACAUCGCAGGUAAAUCGACAUUUACCAAAGCUUCCACUGAGAGAACCAAUAUCUGGAAGGUUACAAGGUCGUGGCCCUGCUGCCCCAGAAAAGAUUUCUCUCCCAGCUCUAAGACCAAACAUCAACAGUGUUGUAGCAGACCGGAGAAGAAGACAACAAGCAAUCCUUAGAGGAAGGAUGGGACGAAAAGAUUUUAUCUAAUAUUUAAAUUCUAAUAAAUUCCCAAAAAAAUUGACUUCAAACUUUUUAAAUUAAUUCUUAAAGGUUUCCAUUUUUGGUUUAUUUAAGAUUACAACGACCACACUAACGAAAAAGAUAACAUUGUCGAUGUCCUAAUUAAGAGGUUUGGUUCUAGAAAAAAAUUGUAUGAAGCAAAAUACUUUAAAGAUUCAAGAAUUUAUUUUGUUAAUAACGACCUGACCCAUGCAUAAUAAUGUGCAUGAUAAAUAAAUGUUAAAAUAUAUUGUAUAGUUUAAAACACAUUUAACACAGACCAAGUAUUGUUUUUAUGUUUGUCAUGAUUGUUAAGAAUGAGUAUAUUUAUGAGAGACUUUUAUUUAACCUUCUACUACUAUUGCAUGUAUGUUUUGUUUUGACAGAUCUCCCCUAYAUUUGUUUAAAUCAAAACUUGUUUGAAUAGGACGUUUGCAUGAUGGCGUCAUUUGACUCCCACUACCAUAAUGCUUCGUGAAUUUUCUUUCUUAUUUAAAUUUGUAUUCCCUCAUGAGAAUAGUAAGACAAUUGGUGCUAAUUAACCGCACACAAAAAAGUGUGCAAAGGAGUCUGGUAGUAGAGGUCAAUGACGCCAUCAUGCAAAYGUCCUAUUCUGUGAAUAGCUAAUAAUAAAAAUGUUGGUGAUGCAAA